AGCCCGUCCAUCUAGCAGUACGUGUGAGAUCUAUCAUUCAUCAGAGGUCUCAUUAUCGACACCAACUGGACUUGAAACCAACGAUCCAGAAAGCAGUUGCUAGCUCACCUGGGAAUGAGAGGUGAUGAUUUAAGGAUCAGUGAGAUUCUUUCUACAUUGACCAUAGACUAACAAGAGCUUCUAGAUGAACGGUCUGGAUCAGCAUGUUAUGGAGCCUUUUAGAACACGAGUGACUGAAAUGUUGUAGGGGCAUCCACACGUUGAUCUCGCGCCGCUAUGCUUGACCCGUGCCCAUCCGUCUCACAUCGGGCGCAUUUUCGUCUUCCACCCUCACUUUUCAGCGAGAGAGAGAGAGAGAUGGGCAGUUUUCUGGGGAGGAAAAUGGCGGGAAUUCGCUGCUUCUUUGUUGGUCCCACAUCUUUGAAGCGGCUGAUUCUCUUGAGAAAUUUUAGCUCUCAGCUCUUUGUUAGCAGAUUAUCAUAUUACACCACAGAUGAAGAACUAACAAAGGCGUUUUCAAAAUUCGGCAAAGUCACAGAAGCCAGGCUAGUUAGGGAUCGGAGAACCCAAAGGCCGAAGGGAUUUGGUUUUGUAACAUACGAAUCUGAAGUGGAAGCCCAAAAGGCUCUGAAGGCUAUGGAUGGCAGGAUAUUUGGUGGGCGACUGAUUUUUGUAGAAGUUGCAAAGCCAACGGCUGACGAGGUGAAGGCUGCACCUUGAGAAAAGUUCCUUUGUUCAUUUUGUUCUUCCUUGGCCUAUUGCCUAUGUCACUUUCUCAUGAGGCUGAUCCACAUACUAGGUGGGUUGCGUCUGUAUGUUUUCUCACUGUCAGUUGUCCAUUGAUUACAAUGGCGUGGUCCACCUGAUGAGCCGACCAGCCUGUUUUUUGUGCCAGUUGAGCUUUAUUCUGGGGCCUACCAUUUCCCUAGCACUGAUGUCCUUCACAAGUGGCACGUUGUUGAGAAAGAUGUUACAGUACUGCAAUAUAGGUGAUUAGUUUCCUUGUGGAAGGCUGUUGAAAUUGGUUUUCUGUUGAAAUGAAAUUUCCACUUUGUUUUUUCUGGUUUUCUAGAAUUUCAUAUGGAAAACCAAGUGCCUCCUUUUCAAAUUCCCAGGGUAAUGGCCCUUUUUGCCCUUUUGGUUUCCAUUUUAAAUUGUAAGAAGUUCAAUUUCCUAACUUAAGAUUGGUGAAUUAGUCAGGAGAUUUUCUUCC